CCUACUGGCCGCUACGGCACACUCGCACUUCCUGUCCGUUUACUCGGGAUACCGGAAGCUGCCUUCCACUCGUUGGCUCUUAGGCUGCUAGCGGACCUCAAGGGGAGAGGCCGGCUUCCCACCGCGGUGUUCGACGGGAUGCCGGAGGGUAAGGGGUGGGGCUGACGUCAGGAGCCAAAAUGGCGGCGGUGGUCGGGGUCUCCUUGAAGCGCGGCUUUUCGGCUACGGCUCUCGGCAGAGUCGGCCUGCAGUUUCAGGCCUGCCGAGAGGCACAGACAGCUGCUGCUGCAGCUCCCAGAAUCAAAACCUUCGCCAUUUACCGAUGGGACCCGGACAAGGCUGGAGAUAAACCUCGAAUGCAGACAUACAAGGUGGAUCUGAAUAAGUGUGGACCGAUGGUGCUGGAUGCUCUAAUCAAGAUUAAGAAUGAAAUCGAUUCUACUUUGACCUUCCGAAGAUCAUGCAGAGAAGGGAUCUGUGGCUCUUGUGCCAUGAACAUCAACGGAGGCAACACGCUGGCAUGCACGCGCAGGAUCGACACAGACCUUGGCAAAGUCUCGAAAAUAUACCCUCUUCCGCAUAUGUAUGUGAUCAAGGAUCUAGUCCCUGACUUGAGUAACUUCUAUGCACAAUACAAAUCCAUUGAGCCCUAUCUGAAGAAGAAGGAUGAGUCCCAGGAGGGCAAGCAACAGUAUCUGCAAUCCAUCGAGGACCGGGAGAAGCUGGACGGAUUGUAUGAGUGCAUCCUGUGUGCCUGCUGCAGCACCAGCUGUCCCAGUUACUGGUGGAACGGAGACAAGUACCUGGGGCCUGCAGUUCUCAUGCAGGCUUAUCGCUGGAUGAUCGACUCCAGAGAUGAAUUCACAGAGGAGCGCCUGGCCAAGCUGCAGGACCCCUUCUCUCUCUACCGCUGCCACACCAUCAUGAACUGUACACAGACCUGCCCCAAGGUAUGGCAGCCGUGGCCGAGCCGCUUGAGGUGGAUGCCUGUUGUCUCGGGUGGGGCUUGGAAUGGCUCUCAGUCGCAGACUCCACCAGGUCCCAAGAAGGCCAGGCCUUCCUUGUAGGUCCACAGGGAUGGAAGGGGAAGAAUGUCUCCAGGGCCCACAGGUAGGAAGCUGCGGUCAGCCUGAGUACAGGAGCCAGGUGCCAACGCUGUGGGAGGCAGGGUCCCUCAGCCUGUGCCACAGCUCUGCUACCCAUCUGCUUCAGCCUCCAUGUCCCCGCCUCUCCUCAUCUCUUUUGUUAUGUUGUCCUGUUUGAGGCAGAAUGUCUCCACAUAGCCAUGGCUGUCCUGGAACUCACUCUCUCUGUUGACCAGGCCCUGCCUCGGCCUCCUGAGUGCUGGGACUAAAGGCAUGCACCACCCCCACCCAGCUCCCAUUCCUGAGAGGGACCUCUUGUCAUCUGUGGGUGCCUUCUGAUCGGGUGCCAACUGUGGACAUGUCAGCCUUGGCCACUGGGCAAGAAGAACUGAGGAGGGACCCUGACUGCCCUUCAGGCGCGAACCGGGCAGCAGGAUAGGAAGCUAUAGAGUAGCCACUUGGCAGGGUGGAGACAUCUGGGAGACUUUGCUAGAAGGGCCCAACUCCGGCAAGUCUUCAAGUCCUAUGUGAGGACAGGCUGAGGCACAGGAGAAUGCGGCGCUGCCCUGUGAAGCCAGCUGUGCAGCCCACAGUGCACCGUCUGCCCUGCCUUUCCUGUGCCACACCCUCUGGACCUUACCUUGUGUACGGACCUUGGAGAUCAAUCAAUCGCUCUGUGUUGAUUUGUGAAGAGCCUGGCCUGUCUUGGGUCAUUUUCUCUUUAAUACUUUAGUUUCUGAGUUACUCUCCUAAAUUGGGAGGCCCUCCCCCAACCUCAGAUAAGUCAGGGCUGCCACGUACCUGCCAUUUCCCUCCCUACUUUGGCAAGGCUGGCCCUGACUAGGAUAUGUAUCUCGGUCCUGCAAACAAGUCACAGCUGCUGUGGGGCCCUGCUGUAGCCAGGGCUGCUGGUAUUGGCCAGUCAGACGCAAGAGAUGAAGCGGUCCCAAGCUUGUUUCUUACAGCUCUUUUGAGAGUACGUAGUCUCUGCCGUCGCUGACUCACUCACAGCAGUAAUGGUGUCUGGCAAAUCUUAACCCUGGCCUGUGGUCCUAAGGAAACUCCACCCUGGGUGUCUUGAACAGUCAGAUGCUGCCCCCCGCCUUGUAGUCAGCGUAGGACCAUCCUGGAGCAGGGCUGCCUUUCCACCCUCACUGACUUUUGAGGAGCUGGAUCUGCACACCACUCUCCUGGGGAGGGGCUUGGCUGCCUCUCUGUUCCCUCCCAUCAUACCUGGUACUGAAGCUCUUCCCUUCCCUCCAGGGUCUGAAUCCAGGAAAAGCAAUUGCAGAAAUCAAGAAGAUGAUGGCGACCUACAAGGAGAAGCGGGCAUUGGCUUAACCCUGUCCAUGCUGAGUGUGGCUGUCAGCUCUGGCGUGAGUCCCUUCAAGCCCCCGGAGUGUCUCUGAGUACAGCCUAUGUAAUAAACAUUUAGGAGAUAAA